CUUGUCUCCUUUUGUCUCAGUGUGCUUUUGCCCCGGAAAAAGUUCAUCUACCAUUACAAGAAUGUGCGCUGGGCAAGGGGACGGCAUGAAACAUACCUCUGCUUUGUAGUGAAGAGGCGAGUGGGGCCAGACUCUUUAUCCUUUGACUUUGGACACCUGCGUAAUCGCAAUGGCUGCCAUGUAGAGCUGCUGUUCCUGCGAUAUCUGGGAGCCUUGUGCCCUGGUGUGUGGGGGUAUGGAAAUACUGGACAGAGGAUCAGUUAUUCCAUCACCUGGUUCUGCUCUUGGUCUCCCUGUGCCAACUGCUCUCGCAGACUGGCCCAGUUCCUCAGCCAGGUACCCAACGUUCGCCUUAGGAUCUUCGUAUCACGCCUCUACUUUUGUGACUUGGAGGACAGCCGUGAGAGAGACGGCCUGAGGUUGCUAAAAAACGCUGGCGUGCGGAUCACAGUCAUGAGUUACAAAGACUUCUUCUACUGCUGGCAGACUUUUGUAGCUCGUAAUCAGAGCAAAUUCAAGGCCUGGGAAGAGCUGCACCGAAACUCUGUUCGCCUAACAAGAACACUCAACCGCAUACUCCAGCCCUGUGACACUGAUGAUUUAAGAGAUGCCUUCAAGCUUCUUGGGCUGUGAAACAUAUCUGUGACCUCCUCUGUUGCUACUAUGAAAGUCUGAAGAGUAAAAUUGGUGUUAGUCCAUCACUACAACUGCUGAACUGAGAAUAAAAAAAAACUGUGAAAAAAAAUUGCUUCCUAGUUGUGGCAAGGCUUGCACGGUUAAGUUGCUGCUGCUUGUUGUUUCUGUAGCAAUAUGAAAAUAUACGUGAAAUAAAAUAUUAUACCAUAUUAUGUCAUAUUGUCUUGUGAUAUUGACAAUAACUAGACUUACCUUGUAAAAAGUUGUAGAACUACAUCUCCUAAUCUGUAUAGAAAAGUAUAUUCAGCUAACUGGUGGUGGUCAUAACUGCAGAGCAUUGUUGGGCUGACUGCAGAUUAAUCCACCACUUUCAUAAAAUUUGGGUACUUGUGAAAGAGUUUAAAAAGCAAUUAUGCAAAGCAGAGCAGAGGCAGAGAUGAAGAUAUGCUAAAGUCAAACUGCUGUAUCCUACAUUUCCCAUAAUGCAGACAAAAACAUCUUUUUGUUAGACUACCCGUCUGGUAAAUGUACUUCAAACUCCAAUUAAGGCUUUUUCGUCACAAACCUCCUCCAGAGCCACAGACGAUACAAC